CAAGAUCUGAACAUUUAUGGAAUCCAAAUUAAGAAUUCCUCAUUUAGUCUUACAGCCUUACUCCACCGAUGAAGACAAUGAGGCCCAGAGAGAAUAAAUGCUAAGGGAACGUUACCUCUGACCUCAAGGCUAAUCUGAGACAGCAGGGACGAACUCCUCGCGAGAGGUGAGAUUGAAGCUUCCUCCGCCAUCUUGGAGAUGGGAGUCGGGGGAUGGUUGUGGUCGUUCUGCUAAUGCAAACAACAAAACGAGCACAUCAACCACCCCCGAGUAAGGCUAUCAUCGCUGUAAUUGCUGGCCAAACCUACAGAAGAAGCGAGGGUGUCACGGCGGAGAGCAGCGACAUUGAUAACAGUUUCACCUGCCUGCUGGGGCGAAAGGAGUGAAACGACUGAGGACCGGAAGGAUGGUGCAGUCCUGUUCCGCCUACGGCUGCAAAAACCGAUACGAUAAGGAUAAGCCUGUUUCUUUCCACAAGUUUCCUCUUACUCGACCCAGUCUUUGUAAAGAAUGGGAGGCAGCUGUCAGAAGAAAAAACUUUAAACCCACCAAGUAUAGCAGUAUUUGUUCAGAACACUUUACUCCAGAUUGCUUUAAGAGGGAGUGCAACAACAAGUUACUGAAAGAGAAUGCUGUACCCACAAUAUUUCUUUGUACUGAACCACAUGACAAGAAGGAAGAUCUUCUGGAGCCACAAGAACAGCUUCCCCCAUCUCCUUUAACACCUCCCAUUUCCCAGGUUGACGCUGCUAUUGGAUUACUAAUGCCGCCUCUUCAGACCCCUGAUAAUCUCUCAGUUUUCUGUGAUCACAACUAUACUGUGGAGGAUACAAUGCACCAGAGAAAAAGGAUUCAUCAGCUAGAACAGCAAGUUGAAAAACUCAGAAAGAAGCUCAAGACUACACAGCAGCGAUGCAGAAGACAAGAACGACAGCUUGAAAAAUUGAAGGAGGUUGUACACUUCCAGAAAGAGAAAGACAUAACAGAGAGAGGUUAUGUGAUUCUGCCAGAUAACUACUUUGAAAUAGUUGAAGUACCAGCCUAGAAAAAAAGAAAUUUGUAUUGGUUUUUAAUGGGGCAAUACCACAUACCCUCUUCUAGCCUGUAAAGGAAUUUCAUCUGAAAAAAUAACAGUUGGUUACUUGUAUAAAAACAAUUCAGAAUAUUUUUUAAAAAAAUAAAUUAGCUAUAUACUGUAAAAUUGUUAAUGUUUUUGUUUGUAAUUUCAGGGUUUUUACAUUUUAACAAAAUAUUUUAAAAGUUAUAAACUAACCUCAGUGUGCAAGUGUAAGUUGGUUUCAAGACUAAGGGUUUUUGUUUUCUAAUUUGAGUAUUUAUAGAAAUAAUGUAAAAAUAAAAAGGAAAGAAUGAGAACAGUACAGUAAGGAUGAUUUAAGUUUAAAAUUUAAAAUUAGUUUAUUGAGAGAAUUUAGUUAUAUUUAAAUCAGAAGUAUGGGUUAGACCAUGGUAUAUAACUUCUCAGAAUAUAUAUAAUCUUACACAUUCUUAUUGGUAAAGUCAGAAGAUUCAUUUAUCUUUCUUAAUUACUUGUCAAAGAUAACUUGGUAAGUCAACCCUUUAAAAAAGAAUUUCUUCAGAGCAGAAACUGUAGUCAUUCCAUACCUAAUUAAUAUGGUUAAAUAACUAUAUAAUGAAUGGAUUUUUAAAAAGUGGGCCCCUCUUUUUCCUCCCAGUGUCUAGCAUUAUAAAAUUAAAAGUGUGUCUCCAGUGGAAGAAAUACUCUUUAACAAAAUAGGCAUUGUUAUCCAUGAAGUAAUAAAAAUGGGGGCCUGAUCUGUUGUAUGCCUUUUUCUCUCGUUACCCCUGAGCUAAAUAAGGGACAUCCAGUUCCCCAGCCAUAGUUAUUUUUGCAUCCAAAUCUUUAACAAGCAUGUUGUGUCAGUAGAGUUUGAUUUGUAUCAUAGUAUGGUAAUCUUGAACCUGACUAAUUGAUUUUGGUCAAGGCUUCACAUAAGCAAUGAUUUCUUCACUUUAAAAAAAGGUUGGUUUUUUGUUUUUUUUUUAAUCCUCAUCCAAGGACUUUUUUUUUUUCCCAUUGUUUUUAGAGAGAGAAGGGAGGGAGAGAAACAUCGAUUGGUUGCCUCCUGUAUGCCCAGACUGGGCAUCUUAAUGUGCCCAGAAUGGAAAUUAGGCCCACAACCUUUCUUCCAACAGCCACAUCAGCCAGGGCCGUUUCUUUACUUUUAACACAAAUUAAAAAUUAAAUCCCAUUUUACUUAAAUGAGUGAUUUGUAUUCAGAAGCAGCCUAAUAUGUAGUAUUUAUUUUCCUGAAUGUUGAGAUUUAAACACUGAAGUUUCUGUUCAAACUGUGAAUUGUAUUCUGACUUUGUGAUAAAAUUUACAUAUAUUUGAAAUGAAAUAUGUUCUGAGUAAACAAAUACUGCCAUAGUGCUUACCUACUUAAAUUUAGAGUAACUAUUUCAACUGUAAUUAUUUUAUAUUUCAAAGUACACUGAGAUAGUUGAAGAGUAACCUUUUAAGGCAGUAUUAAAGAUAUGAAACAAUGAUGUUCAAAGUGUCUUUUGUAGACCUGUUUUUCAAUGUAAUUCACUGCCAUGCUGCGAAUGGAUAGUACUUUGAUUCAUGGAGAUUUGAUUUUUAAUGAACCAGUACUUCAAAAAUAAAAAAUUUCGAUUACAAGAAUACUAGACAUUAUAUAGUCUGAUAAUAUUCGGUACUAACUCUAAUGAAUCAAAGGACUUUUUCCAGUUUCAUGGAUCUCAUCACCGUUUUUGGAAGUUGCAAAGUCUCUCAAGUAGUUUGUUUUUACACUUCAUAUCCCUAGCAAUUCUUGGAGGAUAUGUGGGUAAAUACUUUGCCAAAGUAUAUAUUUUUUAUCUAAAUUGUCAUGUAUGCAAAAGAAAAUCUGCAUGUGUGUGUAUGUGAGUGCGUGUCCCUGGAACCAACACUCCAACAUUGAAUUGUAAAAGUGGUAAUAGUAAUAAUUACUUUUAGCAUCUAGCAUAAUGAUUUAACCUGGAGCUAUUUACUUUUCGUAAGAGACAUAAAUCUAUGUUUGGAGAGAACUGAACAAGAAACAUGUAUAUCAACUGUUUGCAUAUAAAUAAGUUGUAGUUUAACAUAGGGAUUUUGAGGUACAGGUGCUUAUAUCUGAAUUUGAGAUGUCACAUUUGUUGAAUUUUUUAUAAUUCAUUUUGUCUAUUGUACCAUUUAUGACAUUGCCAAGAAAAGGAGAUGUUUUGGGCUACGAUAGGUCCUGUUCAAGCAUAGUGAAACAAUCUGAAACAAACUGGGAGAGGACUGAUGUGAACAGCAUAUUCUGAACAUUUAUUUUAAGCACGUAUAGUAACGUAUAAAAUUUCCACCUACGUGUGACAUAAUCUGUCAGUAAUAGUGAGAAUAAAUAAUUGUUUCUUAAUAGAACUGCUAGGAAAACUAUAGAAUCAAAGAAUUUUAGAAUUAGAAGAGACUUAGAAAUCAUUGAACACUAGCCCAACCUCUAAACCCUAAAGAAAUUUCCUUGUAAAAUAUCUCUGACAGUGGUCAUCUGUUCUCUGUUUACCAUUUACAUAUAAGCAAUUCUGCUUAGAUUCUUUAAAAUGGGUUUCUGGAUUAGAAUAGAAUUAGUUGCCACUGUUUAUGCUCAUUUAUAAUACAAAUAUAAAUUCACUUUGAACUGCUGCAUAGGUUGAACUGUCAAAUUCCAAAUUACAGAAGUUUUAAAUUUUUGUAAAAUUUAAAUGUUUACUAACUGUAUACCUGUUAUGUGUGCUAAAAAUAUCUCUUGUCAUUGCAGUAAAGAAAUAGUGGUGUCUAAAAUUAUUAGCAAAACUUUUUACUUGGAAAUUCAAGUACAUAAAGAGAUUGUUUUAACUUGUGUAAUCCCUUUCUUAGAAGCAUAAUAAUAAUAGUGAAGGUAAAUGAAAGUUUCACUUGACAUGGAUUUUUUUAGGUUAAUGUUUUUUGAUCAUCUUUAUCAAAACAAUUAUACAGACAUGCACAUACCUAAUACUUAUGGCUUUUAUAAAUAGUAAGCGACAUAAAGUAAUAUAUUUAAAAGUCCACAUGAUCUGUAAAAAGAAAAUUCCAUUUGUGUUCCAGAAUUUUUAAAAGACAGCCAGCCAUGAGUAGUAGUACUUAAAGGGGAAGAAGUGAACAGAUUUGCCUGCUUGCUUAUUAUUCUUUAUAAUGGGGAGUGAAUUGGAUGAUUAGUGAAUGAAGAGCAUUGCUCUUGUCUGAUGGUAACUGGUAUUUCUGGGCAUUAUGGUUUAAUACAGCUGUGUAUUAAAAUACAAUCCUUGAUGUGAAAAAAAAAAAAUCAAAGAGCAAACUGAUUUUUCCAGAGAAGUAGAACAAU